CACCCAACCUCUGCUUGGAUGUGAGCCGCGGCUGACCUCCCGCUGUUAAGAUGGGGCUGCUAUGGAAACUGAUGCUGCUCCAGUCAUUCAUCGGCUGUCUGGCAGAGAGUUCCUCUCCGCGUCGCCUCGUCUUCGUCAAGCAGCCUGGCAGCAUUGUGUUCCCCAUGCACUCUACGGAGGCCAGCCAGGAGGUGACGUUCAGCUGCGAGGCCCAAGGAGAUCCGCCGCCCUCCUACAGGUGGAAGCUGAACGACACCUUCAUUGUGCCCAGGCUGGGCUCUCGGUACAGCUUCUCGGGAGGCAACCUUCGCAUCGGCCAGCUGAGUAAAGAAGAGGAUGUUGGGGUGUACCAGUGCCUGGCCUCCAACUCCUUUGGCACCAUACUGAGCAGGGAGGCCAGCCUGCAUAUCGCCUAUCUGGACAACUUCAAGACUCAGAAGAGGAGUCCUGUUCGAGUCAGAGAGGGAGGAGGUGUGGUUCUGCUGUGUGGACCACCCCCUCACAUGGGAGACUUGACCUUUUCCUGGAUCUUCAAUGCCUAUCCGUCGUUUGUGAAGCAGGACACUCGACGCUUUGUCUCUCAGAAGACGGGCAACCUGUACAUAGCCAAAGUAGAGCCCUCGGAUGUGGGCAACUACACGUGUGUGGUGACAAACACAGUCACCAAGAGCAGCGUCCAGGGGCCGCCAACACCACUGGUGCUUCGGAGCGACGGCAUCAUGGGUGAAUACGAGCCCAAGAUUGAGGUGCAGUUUCCUGAGGUGACCCCGGUGGCGAAGGGGCAGACGGUGAAGCUGGAGUGCUUCGCUCUGGGAAACCCUGCUCCAUCCAUCAGCUGGCGGCGGGUGGUGGAGGCUCCCUUCUCCAUGAAGGUGGACAUGAACAAGGCCAGCAGUGUGCUGGAGAUCCCGUACUUCCAGCAGGAGGACGCCGGCGUCUACGAGUGCGUGGCCGAAAACGCCCGCGGCAAGAAUGCGGUGAAGGGGAAACUCACUUACUACGCGCCGCCACACCUGACAGAGAGGCCUGAUGAUCUCCAGAGGCCUAUUGACGAGUCUGUGGUGUGGGAGUGCAAAGCCAACGGCAAACCCAAACCUUCCUAUAGGUGGCUGAAGAACGGAGAACCUCUGGAGCCCAUGGAGAACAAAGUGCAGGUUGUCAACGGUGUCCUGACCAUCUCAUCCUUGACUCUGUCUGAUGCGGCGAUGUACCAGUGCGUGGCGGAGAACCGGCAUGGGAGGGUUUUCACCAACGCAGAGCUCAGGGUCAUUGCUGUGGCGCCAGAUUUCUCGGCGAGCGCGGUGCGGAGCCAGACGCUGGCGCGGCAGGGGGGCGACGUGCUGCUGGAGUGCCGGCCCAGGAUGUCCCCCCGGGGGAUGAUCUCCUGGAGGAAGGGCAAGGAGGCCCUGCGGGAGAGCCACAGAGUCGCAGUGCUGGAUAAUGGAAGUCUGCGGAUAUCAAAUGUCACCAAAUUGGACGCCGGGCUGUACACAUGUGUUGCCAGGAACCAAUAUGGCAUGGCAAGCAGCGCGGGAACUCUGGUGGUAAAAGAGCCGACCAUAAUCACCACCAAGGCGUCUCAGAUGGACGUGACGGUGGGCGAGAGCAUCGUGCUGCCCUGCCAGGUUUCCCAUGAUCCCUCACUGGACCUCAAGUUCACCUGGUUCUUCAACGAGAACAUGAUCACGUUCGGCAGCCAUGGGGGAUACUUUGAGAAAGUUGGAGGGCAGUCGGCAGGUGACAUCAUGAUCCGCAACAUCCAGCUGAGGCAUGCUGGGAAGUACACCUGCGCGGUGCAGACCAAGGUGGACAGCUCCUCCAUAGCCAUCGAUGUGGUAGUCCGAGGAUCCCCCGGCCCGCCCACAGACCUCCGAGUGGACAAGGUCACGGAGACCACCUGCUCCAUCUCCUGGAGGCCCGGGCUGGACAACCACAGCCCCAUCCUCAGCUACAUCAUCCAGACCAGGACCUCCUUCUCGCUGGGCUGGCAGGCAGCCAACACAGUGCCAAAGCUACUGGGGAGUGGUCAUCUGUCUGCCGUGGUGACGGAGUUGAACCCGUGGGUGGAGUAUGAGUUCAGGGUGUUGGCCACCAACGCCAUCGGCACAGGAGAACCCAGCAAGCCCUCCAAGAAAAUCAGGACCAACGAGACACUGCCCAGAGUGGCUCCUACCAGAGUGAGUGGAGGUGGAGGGAGUCGAUCAGAACUGGUCAUUACGUGGGAGCCAGUGCCAGAGGAGCUGCAGUGUGGUGCAGGGUUCGGGUACGUGGUGGCCUUCCGCCCCCAUGGAGAGAGGAGCUGGAUGCAGGCGGCUGUCACCUCCCCCGAGGCCUCCAAGUACUCCUUCCGAGACGACAGCAUCCCGCCCUUCACCCCCUACCACGUCAAAGUGGGCGUGUACAACAACAAAGGGGAGGGCCCGUUUGGCCCUGUCACAACCAUCUACUCGGCAGAGGAAGAGCCAUCUGAGGCGCCCCCUAGAGUUCGUGCCAAGAGCCUGUCUGCUGCUGAAGUGGAGGUGUCCUGGAAAGCUGUACCCUGGAACACCACCAAGAGACGCAUCAUGGGCUAUGAGCUGAGGUAUUGGGGGCAGGGGGAGACGCAGGAGACGGCGAGCGUGGUCCGCACCACAGGCGAGCGCACCUACGCCGUGCUCCGCGAGCUGGACGGCAGCAGCACCUACCUGAUCAACGUCAGGGCCUACAACAGCGCGGGCGUGGGGCCAGCCAGCACCGCCGUCAACAUCACCACAAAAAAGCCCCCCCCAAGCCAGCCGCCCACUAAGGUGAUGUGGAACACCUCAAACUCCAAGAUCAUCCUGCAGUGGGAUCACGUCAAGGCCAUGGAGAACGAGUCAGAAGUCAUGGGAUACAGAGUGAUGUACAAGCAGAACCGUCAGGCCCAGCCGAGCGUGGUGGAGACCAACGGGACGUCUCUGGAGCUCUCGCUGCCCGUGGACGAGGACUACGUGGUCCAGAUCAAGCCGGUCAGCGAGGGGGGAGAGGGCCGCAGCAGCAGACAGAUCACCAUCCCCAGGGCAGCAGGCGCACAGGCCGUUGGAGCUGCAAGGCGGACGUGGUCCACGAUGCCAGCGGUGCUCUCUCUGGUCUCUCUCGCCCACACAGCCAGGACUUUGUUAUGACAACGUCUCCCUGUGGACCUGCAGACAGAGAGAGAGUCAUAAAGACCAAGAGCGAGGACGCACACAACAGCAGCGCAGCAGGAGGGGGCUAAUGAGAGGAUGAUGCCUACUUGGGGGCCAGUGAGGAGAGAGAGAGCUGCCUGGAGGAGGAGGAGGAGGAGGAGGAGAGAGAGCGGUACUCACCACUCGGUAGUUUAUUCAAAGAGCCUCUUCGUGAAGGAUACUCGGCGUUGCUGCCACCCUCCAUCAUCCACCCCCUAGCCUCUCCUCGCCCAGCCCCGGAGAAAUGAUAAAAGAUUGGUGGUGGUGGUGCUGGGGCUUCCUCCUUCCUGCUCUGACGAAAGCUGCUUUACGGGGGACUGCUGAGUAAGAAAUGUGACUUCAAUCGUUUUUUUUUUGUUCACCCCUUAUUCACGUGGAAGUUCUUCACAGGAUUUUAGGAACAAGGCAACUGAAUGUACACAAGGAUUUUCUCCGAUGGGGAGGGAGCUCAGCGUGUCCGUGUGAAGUUACGUGACUGACUACAUAUGGUGGAUGGAUUUUACUUUUUUUUUUUAAAGUGAACUUUGUUUGAAAAAAAAAUGUGGAACAGUUUGAACUUCUUUCAAAGGAACAACAUUUUGUCCGUUACAGUACAUGUGGGUGAGGAGGAGGAGGAAUGCCAUGUGUGGAAUAGUUUCAUUACUGCAACACUGAAGACUAGCUGGGAUUUAUUUAGCACAAGACCGACUGACUGAUGUGCGAAGAUGUUCUCAUCACCAUCUGGAUUAGAUGAUCUGACAUUUAUUACACAUUUUGCACACAUUAUAUUGGGUUUCUCUCCCAAUCUGCCUCUCCUUCCUGUUCCCUCUCGCUGCUUCUCUGUCUAUCUCCAAAAGCCUAUUAUGGGACCUCUGGCCCUUAUGUUUUUCUUUGCUUUCCUUUUCCUUUUGUUGUUCAGUUCAGUUCAGUUCAGUUCAGUUCACAAAAGCCACCAAAUGGACUGUUUCGUCUCAUAACUACCCUCUCCUUUCAUCCCCACUGGAGUUGUGGGCUAGACACUGUAGGGGUGGCGGUCGCCCAAUUAGCUUCUCGCCCUUCAGUUCACAGUUGUUGUUCUAUUUCAUUUCUCCUGACCGCCGCCAGAGGCUUUCCAUGCUCAUCACACCGUCGCACCAACAUGUCUGUCGAGUAAGAGUAAACAUCAAAGUCACUUGUGACCUGGGCGACGUCAAAACCUGUGAACCGGCACCAAAAGGCAGGUCAACCCAGGAAGUGACCUCUUGUCAAUUUUCUCGCAUUCACUCUUGAGUGACCGCCAAGCUCUGGCAGUCAUCCGAAACUCAUAGAACCGUGGUUGUAUGUAUAACCUUAGUUCUUGGGCAACGUUGUGUGCCGCCCCCCCUCCACAGGGCCGCGGACAGCUUUCGCUGGGCCCAGGACAAAGUCAUCUGACAGGACCUCCUACCCAAUACAUACAAUGUAAUGGGGACCCAAUUCU